AUGUCGUCGUCAACACUCAAGCGCAAGGCCGACGCGGCGGCUGACAAGAACGACACAAAGAAGACCAGGUCCAAUGCCAGCAUCACCUCCUUCUUCAGCGCCCCCAAGCCUGGCCCCUCCGCUUCAUCGACCCUCGGUUUGGCACCGGAGCUGCCAGUCUCCAAAUUUGACAAGGCAAAGUGGGUGUCUGGACUGACGGCCGAGCAAAAGGAGCUGCUGCAGCUGGAGAUUGAUACCCUGGAUGAGAGCUGGCUGGCCCAUCUGAAGGAUGACAUUACGACCAAGGAGUUUCUCGAUCUCAAGAGGUUUCUGCGUCAGGAGACGGCAUCCAAGAGGAAGUGGUUCCCACCAGCUAAAGACGUGUAUUCCUGGUCCCGCCACACUCCCUUCCACAGUGUCAAGGUGGUCAUCGUCGGCCAGGACCCCUACCACAACGACAACCAGGCCCAUGGCAUGGCCUUCUCCGUCCGGCCCCCAACGCCGGCGCCCCCUUCCCUGCGAAACAUGUACAAGGCACUAAAGAAGGACUACCCGAGCUUUGUCGAGCCUGCUGAUCGCGGGGGCCUGCUGACCCCCUGGGCCGACCGCGGUGUCCUCAUGCUCAACACGUGCCUGACGGUCCGGGCCCACGCGGCCUUCUCGCAUGCCAACCGCGGCUGGGAGCGGUUCACGCAAAGGGUCAUCGACCUCGUGGCCAAGAAGCGCACCCGCGGCGUUGUCUUCAUGGCCUGGGGCACGCCCGCGGGGAAGCGCGUCCAGAAGGUUGACACGCAGCGCAAUCUUGUGCUCAACAGCGUGCAUCCCAGCCCGCUCAGCGCCUCGAGGGGAUUUUUCGACUGCAGGCACUUUCGGUCCGCGAAUGAGUGGCUGAUUUCCCGCUACGGCCCCGAGGGCGAGAUUGACUGGGCCCUCAAGCCCGGUAACACGACCAAGGCUGCCCCUCCUGCUGCUGUUCCGGCCCCCGCCGCUUCUGCUACCCCCGCCCCCGCCACCACGAGUACAACUGCUGCUGGUAAUAGUACUAGUACUACUAAUGCUCCUACAACUGCUGCUGCUGCUGCGGCGGCGGCGGCGGCGGCGGGCCCUGCCCCGGUCGUUGCUGCCCCUGCUCCUGCUCCUGCUCCUCCUUCUUCCCCCACUGCCGGCACUCCCAAAAAGGUCGAAGAGAAGAGGGAAGCCGGAGGAGACAAAAGGGAGAGCGAGGUCAAGGACGAGGGGAACAAGGAGAAUGACCCAGCUGUCGAAGACGAGUAUGAGAGUGGUGGCGAUGAUGCCUUUGAGGAGGCCCUGAGGUUGGCCGAGGAAGCUGCCGAAAAGAGGGCGGCGCCCUAG